AUGGCCGAGCCGCCGGCGGCGCCGGGCCCCGAGGGCGAGGAGGGCCCGGUGCGCUUCGCCCGCAAGGGCGCCCUGCGGCAGAAGAACGUGCACGAGGUGAAGAACCACAAGUUCACGGCGCGGUUCUUCAAGCAGCCCACCUUCUGCAGCCACUGCACCGACUUCAUCUGGGGCUUCGGGAAGCAGGGCUUCCAGUGUCAAGUUUGCUGCUUCGUCGUGCACAAGCGGUGCCAUGAGUUCGUUACCUUCUCGUGCCCCGGCGCUGAUAAGGGCCCUGCCUCUGAUGAUCCCCGGAGCAAACACAAGUUUAAAAUCCACACGUAUUCCAGCCCCACCUUCUGUGACCACUGCGGGUCGUUGCUGUAUGGGCUCAUUCACCAGGGGAUGAAAUGUGACACCUGCAUGAUGAACGUGCACAAGCGCUGCGUGAUGAACGUCCCGAGCUUGUGUGGGACGGACCACACCGAGCGCCGGGGCCGGAUAUACAUCAGGGCCGACAUCGAGAAGGAUGUUCUAACCGUUGUAGUAAGAGAUGCUAAAAACCUAGUUCCUAUGGAUCCUAAUGGCUUGUCAGAUCCCUACGUGAAGCUUAAAUUAAUCCCUGACCCCAAAAAUGAAAGCAAACAGAAGACCAAAACUAUAAAGUGCUCCCUGAAUCCUGAGUGGAAUGAGACAUUUAAAUUCCAACUGAAAGAGGCAGACAAAGACAGAAGGUUGUCUGUGGAGAUUUGGGACUGGGAUCUGACCAGCAGGAAUGAUUUCAUGGGCUCCUUGUCUUUCGGGAUUUCCGAGCUGCAGAAGUCUGGUGUUGAUGGAUGGUUUAAGCUGCUGAGCCAGGAGGAGGGAGAGUACUUCAACGUGCCUGUGCCUCCCGAGGGAGAAGAAGGAAACGAGGAACUGAGGCAGAAAUUUGAGAGAGCCAAGAUUGGCACAGGGUCCAAGGCUGCAGAUGAGAAGACAACAAAUGCCAUUUCUAAGUUCGAUAACAACGGGAGCAGAGAUCGGAUGAAACUUUCAGAUUUCAAUUUCCUGAUGGUGCUGGGAAAAGGAAGCUUUGGAAAGGUCAUGCUGGCAGAGAGGAAGGGCACCGACGAGCUCUAUGCCGUUAAGAUCCUGAAGAAGGAUGUUGUUAUCCAGGACGAUGAUGUAGAGUGCACCAUGGUCGAGAAAAGAGUGCUGGCUCUCUCCGGGAAGCCUCCGUUCCUGACCCAGCUUCACUCUUGCUUUCAGACGAUGGAUCGCUUGUAUUUUGUGAUGGAAUACGUGAAUGGUGGGGACUUAAUGUACCAGAUCCAGCAGGUUGGGAGGUUUAAAGAGCCACAUGCUGUAUUCUACGCUGCAGAAAUAGCCAUUGGCCUCUUCUUCCUGCAAAGCAAAGGCAUCAUUUAUCGGGACCUGAAGCUGGACAACGUGAUGCUGGACAGCGAAGGGCACAUCAAGAUCGCCGACUUCGGCAUGUGCAAGGAGAACAUUUGGGACGGGGUCACUACCAAGACCUUCUGCGGCACCCCUGACUACAUCGCACCCGAGAUAAUUGCUUAUCAGCCCUAUGGGAAGUCGGUGGACUGGUGGGCAUUUGGAGUCCUGCUCUAUGAAAUGUUAGCUGGCCAGGCUCCCUUUGAGGGAGAAGACGAAGACGAGCUCUUCCAGUCCAUCAUGGAGCACAACGUGGCCUACCCCAAGUCCAUGUCCAAGGAGGCGGUGGCGAUCUGCAAAGGGCUGAUGACCAAGCACCCUGCCAAGCGGCUGGGCUGUGGCCCAGAAGGGGAGCGGGACAUCAAGGAGCACGCCUUCUUCCGCUACAUCGACUGGGACAAGCUGGAGCGCAAAGAGAUUCAGCCUCCCUUCAAGCCAAAGGCUAAAGACAAACGAGACACUUCCAACUUCGACAAAGAGUUCACCAGGCAGCCUGUGGAGCUGACGCCCACCGACAAACUCUUCAUCAUGAACUUGGACCAGAACGAGUUUGCUGGAUUCUCCUACACUAACCCGGAAUUUGUCAUUAACGUGUAGUCGCGGUGCAGACGCUGCCCUCCCUGCUCCCGCAGCCAGAAACUUCAGCUCGCCUUGUAAAUACCGACACUAGUCUUCCGGGAUCAGCAGUGCAUACAUACAUACCCUCAUCAAAACACGACGACCGCUUGUUUUAGGAGGCCUCUGUAUGUGUGUGACACUUGCUAGCUUGGGUUCCCUAGCUGGAAAUGUGCGGGGUUUUGAGUUAACAAGCAGUAAUACUUCUAGGAACUGUAGUUGGUGGUGACUAAUAGAGUUUUUAAACAGAAAUAUACCAAAUUGCUACAGUCUUUGUAAUUUUUGAAAUCAGAUGCUGAAAUUCUGGUGAACUUAGGUAUUCACAAAUUGUUUCCGUUGAAUGCUAAGCAUGGUUGAUAUUUUAAACCGUUGUGCUGAAGCUUGCAAUGACUGUGAACGUGUCUUAGAAGAGCCUUUUGUUCGAGACAUGGAUACAUUUGAUCAGUGUGGAAAAGUCUGCUUGUAGACAUACUUAUAUUUUUAAAUGCCUUGUACAUACAGUCACACCGGCUCCCUGAAGCUGUCUUCCUCCUUAGCCUGCUGUAAGUGUGUGCAUUUCACCACAUCCCUUCCUAUUACUCAGGCAUUAAGACCACAAAAUGA